GGAACUAAGUCACGUGAUCGUUGCUCCACAGUGAUUCCUGGAGCAGGAAAUGAAACAGAGAAAAUACCAGCAUUUCGGAUUCAUGUUCCACAUUUUAACACAGAGACACGCCAAACAGAACAAGCCGUCUUCUUUUCAGUCCUCCGAGUCUCUGAAUUGAUUUCUGCUUGAAAAUAAUCCGAAAUCGUCUCUCCCGAGUCCGCAGUCUCUUCCGAGGAGUGAGAAGAGAAGCGAUACAAACAAACGGUUUAAUUUUCUUUUUGUCCGAUUAUAAGUAGUCGAAACUAUCGAUCUUCUAAUCGCUCCAAUGGGGUCGCUGUUUCGCAGCGAGGAGGUGUGUCUCGCGCAGCUCUUCCUCCAAUCAGCUUCCGCCUACAGCUGCGUCAGCGAGCUGGGAGAGAUGGGAUUGGUGGAAUUUCGAGAUUUGAACCCCAAUGUCAACGCCUUCCAGAGGAAGUUUGUGGGGGACGUGCGACGCUGUGAAGAAAUGGAGAAAACCUUCACGUUCCUGGAGCAGGAGAUCAGGCGUGCCGGCCCCUCGGUGCUGCCUCCUGUCUCCCCGGAGGCCCUCGCCUCCUCCACCGCGGCCCCCUCCCCCCGCGACGCCCUGCGGAUCCAGGAGGAGUCGGAGCGUCUGUCCCUGGAGCUGCGGGAGGUCAGCCGGAACAGAGACUCCCUGCAGAAGCAGCUGAGAGAGGCGCUGGAAUACCAGAGCGUGCUGAGAGAGAGCCAGAGAUUCACAGAGCGACCGGAGUCCGGUUCUCCUCUCUCGGACCCUCUCUCCGCUGUCGACGGAUACCAGUCCUUCCCCCAGAGGAUGGAUGUCCAUCUCAGUUUCACUGCCGGAAUCAUUCACCCUUGGAAAGUGAACUCUCUGGAGAGGCUCCUUUGGAGGGCGUGUCGUGGUUACGUCAUCUUCAACUUCAAAGAGAUGGACCAGCCAAUGGAGGACCCCGCUACGGGAGAGAUGGUUCGCUGGGUCGUGUUUCUGGUUUCCUAUUGGGGGGAUCAGAUUGGACAGAAAGUAAAGAAGAUCUGUGAUUGCUAUCACAGUCGCGUGUACCCUUACCCGCAGAGCGACGAGGAGAGGCACGAAAUCUUGCAAGGACUUGAAACCAGGAUUCAGGAAACCAAAUCCGUCCUGCGCGAGACUGAGGAUUUCCUGCGGCAGGUCUUGCUCAAGGCUGUCCAGUCUCUGCCUGGCUGGUCGGUCCAGGUGCAAAAGAGCAAAGCCAUCUACCUGGUCCUGAACAUGUGCAGCGUGAGCGUGACGGACAAGUGCCUCAUCGCGGAGGUGUGGUGUGCAGUGAGGGAGCUGCCCAGACUGACGCAGGCCCUGCGGGAGGGGUCGGUGAGUCUGUGUGUCUGUCUGUCUGUCUGUCUGUCUGUCCGUCGCGGAGGUGUGGUGUGCAGUGAGGGAGCUGCCCAGACUGACGCAGGCCCUGCGGGAGGGGUCGGUGAGUCUGUGUGUCUGUCUGUCUGUCUGUCUGUCUGUCCGUCGCGGGGGUGUGGUGUGCAGUGAGGAGCUGCCCAGACU